CACAGCGGCCAGCGGCAGCACUCUGCCCAGGACAGCCAUGACUGAGCUGGGAGGGGCGGACAGAGCAGCAGCAGCCAGUCUGGGCUCCAACAUCCUCUCUGCUCAAGCUAACGGCCCUCUCCGAACCCCAAACCUUCUCCAUGUGUUUGUAACGUCUUUUCCAUAAAACGUGAAGCGGCAAAUCGAGGUGAAGUUGAACGGGGCACCAUUAGCCGCGCGAAGCUGUUUUUUUCUUGAUGUUUUUUUUCCUUCUUUGACCCGGUGUGUUUCCAGUAAACCAGGAAAAUUGCUUGGUGUAGCUGUAUCGGAGAGAAGGCUCGGGAGGAGGUGAAACUGCGGGAUAUGAUGACUGAGAAAGAGACGGUGACCGAGAAGAUCAUAACCGAUGCAAUGGCCAAUCCUUCUCCAGCAAAGAGCAUGGGUGACCCUGGAAUUACCCCUCUGUCUCCAUCACACACUCAGCAGAAUGACACAGACCAGGUACCAUCAGGGCCGUCCUUUGUGGUGGUGGUAGCCAUUGAUUUUGGCACUACAUCCAGUGGUUAUGCUUACGCCUUCACUAAGGAGCCAGAGUGCAUUCACACUAUGAGGCGCUGGGAGGGUGGAGACCCUGGUGUGUCCAAUCAGAAGACUCCAACCACCAUUUUACUGACUCCAGACAGGAAGUUCCACAGUUUUGGCUAUGCAGCUCGUGACUUCUACCAUGACCUGGACCCCAGCGAGUCCAAACACUGGCUCUACUUAGAAAAAUUCAAAAUGAAGCUUCAUACAACUGCAAAUCUAUCCAUUGACACUGACCUCCACGCAGCCAAUGGGAAGCGAGUAAAAGCUCUGGACAUCUUUGCAUAUGCGCUGGCUUUCUUUAAGGAACAAGCACUAAAGGAGCUAAGUGAUCAGACGGGCGGCGAGUUUGAUAACAACGAUGUAAGAUGGGUAAUCACAGUUCCUGCCAUCUGGAAAAUGCCUGCAAAGCAGUUCAUGAGGGAAGCUGCCUAUAAGUCUGGUUUGGUGCCCCGUGAAAACCCAGAGCAGCUGAUUAUCGCCUUAGAACCCGAGGCAGCAUCAAUCUAUUGUCGCAAGCUCCGCCUUCACCAGAUGGUGGACCUUGGCACCCAGACCACCCAGAACGGCUUCAGUCCCACUGAAAAUGUGGGGAGUGGAAUGACCCAAGUGUCUCCCGGCCAAGCCAAGGAGCAUGUUCGGCGCAACCGACAGAGCCGUACCUUUUUGGUGGAAAAUGUCAUAGGGGAGCUUUGGUCGGAGCUGGAAGAAGGCGACCGUUAUGUGGUGGUAGACUGUGGUGGAGGGACAGUGGACCUGACUGUCCAUCAGAUUCGUCUUCCAGAGGGACAUCUGAAAGAGCUCUACAAGGCAUCAGGUGGUCCUUACGGUUCUAUUGGGAUUGACUAUGAAUUUGAGAAGCUGCUGUGUAGAAUCUUUGGCCAAGAUUUUAUCGACCAAUUUAAGAUAAAGAGGCCAGCUGCCUGGGUGGACCUGAUGAUUGCAUUUGAAUCUCGGAAGAGAGCAGCAGCUCCUGACAGAACCAACCCGCUCAAUAUUAAUUUGCCCUUCUCCUUCAUCGACUACUACAAGAAGUUCAGAGGCCACAGUGUGGAGCAUGCCCUGCGCAAAAGCAAUGUGGACUUUGUAAAAUGGUCAUCUCAGGGAAUGUUGAGGAUGAGUCCAGAUGCUAUGAAUUCCCUCUUUAAGCCUACCAUAGACCACAUCAUCCAACAUCUCACUGAGCUCUUUGAUAAGCCAGAAGUCAGCGAUAUUAAGUUCCUGUUUCUCGUGGGAGGUUUUGCUGAGUCAACCCUUCUGCAGCAAGCUGUCCAGAACAUGCUCCAGGGCCGCAGCCGCAUAAUUAUCCCUCAUGACGUUGGCCUCACCAUCCUGAAAGGUGCUGUGCUGUUUGGCCUGGACCCCAGUGUCAUCAAAGUCCGCCGCUCUCCCCUUACAUACGGGGUGGGCGUCCUCAAUCGCUUUGUGGAGGGCAAGCACCCGCCGGAGAAGCUACUGGUGAAGGAUGGCACACGCUGGUGCACUGACGUCUUUGACACCUUCAUUGCUGCCGACCAGUCCGUGGCACUGGGCGAGAUGGUAAAGCGGAGCUACACGCCAGCCAAGCCUUCCCAGCAGGUUAUUGUCAUCCACGUCUAUUGUUCUGAGAAGGAAAGCGCUGGGUUCAUCAGUGAGCCCGGCGUCAGGAAGUGUGGGACACUUCGUUUGGAUGUGAGCGGAACGGAAAGCACGGCGCCACGUCGUGAAAUCCAGACGCUCAUGCAGUUUGGUGACACGGAGAUCAGGGCAAUGGCAGUGGAUGUGUCCACUGGACGCACCGUCAAAGCUAGCAUUGACUUCCUAAGCCAUUAACUAGGCCAUGAGAGAGUUAAUGUUUCAGAAUUGUUGAAAGCAAUGGAAACACAUACAUACAACAAUCUGUGGAUAUUUACUGGAAAGCUGUUAAUGUUAAUGAAUCUCAGUACUCAGUCACUCAGUUUAGAAUUGGGUGGUAGACUGAAUGAAAGUUUUAAGCUUCACCUAAAACCCAGACAUUCAACUGUAGAAUCCAUGUUUUGGGAAGGAAAAGAUGAAAUGGAGUCUGAAAAAGCUCAGUGUGUUUUAGGUCUGUCACUUAACUCCAUCCCACUAGUUUAUUUCCUGAGGAGCUCCACAGUUUUCACACUCAUAACAAACCCAUAUGCUGAGACUGCAGUUUUGUUUAGUCAUUUUAAGAGCUCCUGACAGGAAAGAUGAAGGUUUACCGGUAAUUGCUAUUGAACACUCCUCAACCAUAUCUCAACCAUGAUAAAUUAGUAUAGGACAGCUUUUCAAAUCUUCUCUUUGUGCAUUUGAAAGGAAAGCUGUCAAAGCUAGAUUUAAAAUGUAAUGUUCCAUCACAUUUCAGAAUACAUCUUUACAUGUUUCACUUUGUUUAAGGUUUCAGCAGACUGUUGUACAUUGUUAAGGAUGCUGGUUUAUGCAGUGUCUCGUUUUGUCAUAUAUGCAGUACAGAUCAUUUUAGGAGAUCCAAGUGUGGAACGGUCAUUAUAAGAUGCUCUAUUGAAACAUGAUGAUAUAUAUGAAUUCUGUUAUAUUCUCCAGAAAUUACAUCAGCACCACUUGACCACCGUUCUGAGGACCAUACCAAUUGUUUUGCAUGAUUUAGCUCUUGAAAUAGUCUCAAUCACUUUCUAGAGCAUACUAUUUUAAUUUAGCUGAUUAAGCUGACCUGUUACCGUCCAUCUGUAGCUCGUUCACGGAAAUGACUGUGAAAUCCACAUUGUUGUGCAAAACAUUUCAGAUAUGGAGGAACAAGGGACCAAGAGUUGACUGUGAGGCAUAUUUGGCCAGCUGUGGAUCACUGGCGCUUUCAAAGGGAGGCCACGACCACCCUUGAGAUCCCACUGGCCACCCCAGAUCUGAAAGAUCAGUUUAUUCACUGAAACUUUGGUGUCAAAAUAUUAGUGGAUACAAUGUACAGUGUCAGAGUGUAACUGAAAGUAGCAUUAAGUGACUGUAACAGCUAGUCCUAAUAGUAGCCAGUUGACUGUGAGGCCCAUCCAUAAACAUCAUAGAGAGCGCAAGACACACUUUGUACAUGUAGCUGUACAUUUUAUGUUUGGUAAGUUUUGCCUCAUUGACAUUCCUAAAUAGUUUCCUGUAUAUUACAAACUGAAAUGUCCAUAAAAAUACAAUAUUACUGCAUCUGACCAUUGAACAAGUCAGACUGAUGAGACUUACAAGUAAUGAAUGUAAGAUUUUGAUGUUAACGGGAGCUGCAGAUUACUUUGUUGCAUCCAACUACUCUUCUCUCCUCUGAAUGUGUUUCUCCACAAGUCAGAUGUGGGCAAUAAGAGACCACUGUACCAUGGUUCAGUCCAAAACAAUUCUGUCUAGGUUUGUUACUACGAACUACAAACAGCUGUUUUCACUGUACACAUAAUCAGUUGACACAUUGCUGUAUAAUAUUAAUAGAGAGCAUUGCUCAUAGAUAGUUUUCAAUUCUUCAUAAAUUCCUAGUUGUGCAAUUGGCAGUUGAAGAACCAACUUCAAAAUUGUAACUUUUUACUAACAGUCUCCCUUCAGAAUCAGUAUUUGUUUGCUUACACUACUGUUCAUAAGUUUGGGGUCACUUAGAAAUGCCCUUAUUCUUAAAAGAAAAGCAUUUUUUUCGAUGAAGAUGAUAUUAAUUGAUUUUUAAUGGAAUAUGUACAUAGGGGUACAGAGGAACAUUUCCAGCAACCAUCACUCCUGUGUUCUAAUGCUACAUUGUGUUAGCUAAUGGUGUUGAAAGGCUAAUUGAUUGAUUAGAAAACCCUUGUGCAACUAUGUUAGCGCAUGAAUAAAAGUGUGAGUUUUCAUGGAAAACAUGAAAUUGCCUGGGUGACCUCAAACUUUUUAACGGUAGUGUACAUGAUACUGAUGAAAUGUAGUAAAUGAUGGUCCAUUGUUCGAUCCUCUGGAGUUGUAAAAUUACUCUAAAGCCUGAUGCCAAAUCAUGCCAAACCACCAGUAUGGUCCUAUAAUGUCAUCCACUGCUUAAACCUAAAUCCAGGAAUGUGAAAUGUGCAGCAAGCGCAAUCUGAAAAGAAAGAACAGCCAUCAAAAAUGCUUAACUGUUGCCUUUAUUUGUUUAUGCUUCUGACUAUUAGCCGUGGGCAGAAUGCCACUGGCCCACCUGAAUACUUUAAAUCCAGGUGUGAUUGCACGUGAAGAGUGCAGGCCAGUUGAGACAAACAAUGAACUAUGUUUAUUUCUGUAAAUACAGUAUUUAAAUAUUGUACAGAUUUUUAGCAUCGUUUCAGCAGCUUUAGAACCAAGAGUGCAUGUGUGUAUGCGUAUGGGCGCGCGUGUGUGCUUUCACAUGGACAUCUCUCAUCGUUUUUUUUUUCUCACCAGCCAUAGAAUGAAAGGUUGAGGCACGUUUCAUUGCUGUAUUUGAUCAAAAAUUGGAUGUCGCCUUACUCUUAUUUUCAAUCACUAAGGAAACUUGAAUACCUCCGUCCUUAAAAAGCAUUUCAGUGAGCGAGUCUGCUGUUAAUUGAUAGUAGCAAGAGUUUGAAUGUGUCCUGACAAACUUCCCAUCCAUUUAUCCUUUUAAGGAUUUAUUACAUAUAGAGUAAAGAGUGUUUCCUCCCUACUGAUAAGAACUUGAGCCAUUGAAUUUAGCAGAAAUUGUUUCUGUGUUAAAGACUCAGUUAGCAAUAACCAUACAAGUAAAAAUCUCUGAGCUGAUUAUGAAAGGUUUAAAGUCUUAAUCAAGAGUGCCUAGUAUGAAUUCAAUGUGAUGUCAAGAUUCACUCAGCCAAUCAGAGGAAGAUAAUUUUAUAUACAUGUGUGACUUCAGACGUAAUCACUGAGCAUCACACUGUGAAUUCAUGAGGGGCCAUUGUCACAUCUACAUGUUGAACAAAUUUGCCAGACAUCCUGGUAAACCCGACUCCACAGGCAAAAAUAAAGUGACAUUACUCUGAUUUUCAUCAUAUCUUAAUUGACCCCCUCUGGCAGCCAGGGGAAAGUACAACAACACUAGUAAAAGAAAUGUUUGUCCCUCGUGUAGUGACCACAACACGCAGUGGUACCUUUGGUUUUGCCUCGUUUCGUCUAUGGCUAAAUGCUCUUUUGUGUUUACCUCUCAUUCAACUGAGCUGGGUUGUACGCAACUGGAAGGUGUAACACUUGAUGCCGUAGCUUCCUCUGUUUUGGUGUCAUCAACAGUGUGAAUUCAUGUUUUCAGAUCUCAGUAUGCUUUAAUCUAAAUAGAGCCCACUCUCUCUGAACUCUCUAUGAGCUCUUUUGUUAGUGUUUGUCGUCUUAUUGCAAUAAUCCGGGCACCUUUCGCAGACAGUCUUUUCUUUCUGGUCUCUCAGAGUUUUCAUCUUACAAAUCACUGCAUAGGGUUGGGAUCACUGUCAAAUUCUCUGUUGUGGACAGUUACAAGGUUUUACAUGGUCCAAAAAGCACUUCAAGCUAUACUGAGGCCAUCAGAGUUCACUUGUGUUAUAAUGUGGAAGUUCUGUUUGAAUAUGUUGCCUACAUGAAUAAUCUGCAUUGGUUCCGUUGAUGUGAGCAGAUAUCUGUACAGAAUGCUGCGCUUUGGCAGUUACAGCUGGAUACAUUCACUUCAGUGUGUGUUUCACCAAAUCCUAACCCAACUUAAGGAGGCAGAACGUGUUCAGACUUUAUGCUAGCUCAUUAAUCAAGAGCUAGAAAUGAAACAUGCUCUAAAGAGGCAACCAUGAUAAAUGUUCUAAAGAGAAAAACAAUAAACUUUUCAUUGGUUGGCUUGAUGAGGGAAAUUAAUCAGAGUCGUGUUGAUCAACUGGCACUGAUAUGUUGGUCAUUUUUUUUGAAGGACUUAAUUAUAGCCAGUUUUGAAGCCAUUUUCUUUGAUCUUUUAUUUAAACUGUGAACUAAGGCUUGUCUCGCUUUCCAGUGUCAAUGUACAAAGAUGCACAAGCUUCAGUGCCCUCCACUGUCUUCGGCACUCUUUCUGCAAUGCACGUUUCGCAUGUGUCAUAGUAAAGAUUAACAACAAGUUGGUUACUCUUACUAAUCCACAAAACCAAGGUUAGCCACUGAUGAUGAUGAUGAUCUCCUCCUGAAUCUCCGUUGGAGACUGGCUGGACGGCGCUCUGAGCUGAGCUUUAGUUGAUGCUUAGAACUGAUGGCAGCUCAUAGCGACUUCACAUACUUUACCGCUAACUAACCUCAUAACCCUUUAUUCCUCCUCCACUUCUCACAAAGGAUGAAUAUUAAAAUGGACGGAUCUAGUAACACCGUGAUUCUGUUGUCUCCUUGGUUAGAUAAUUGCUAUGUAUUUUGUGCAACCCUGAGUAUUGUAUAAUGCACGGGGUAAUGUUAUGUAGCAGCUUUAUACCUAAAGCUAUAAUAAAAUUAUAUGAAGACAUGUUUAGCUGACAUUAGCUUUCUCUUCUUGGUGCGAUAGCCAGUCUGAGCCAAGUGGUUCAGUGGAGGUAAUUCGAGGUAGCUGUAUAGCCAGUGUGCAAUAUGUACAAGCAUCUGCUUAACACUAUCUACAAUAUACAAUAUUUCUAAAGAUUUUACCACUAAAAUGAUUGAGCUUGUAGUUAGGAUCACCUCAGCCACUCUGGAACGCAACAAAUGUACACUUUGUUCUUUUAGCCCUUAAUUGCUAAUGCUAAGAAGUUUGGUUUGUUUUUACUUUGAGUUACUUGUCUUGUUUUCUUGUGGUUUUCACUGUAAUGGAUGUAUUCUGAUCAGUGCCAGGUAUUCACUGUCAGAUGGUCAUCAAUAAAAUGUAUGUGUAUUUCAA